AUGGCGGAAAUGCAGAUCAUCGAUGGACAACCUUUGUCUCACACGUCUUUGCAGCUUGACAGUUCUGAACCGCCGUGGCUUAUAAGUCGCACUUUAUUCGCAGCCGGGAGCGCUGUCACGAAAGAUAUAGCAAGCAGUGUCAGCGAUGACUCGUUGAUCAGCAACGGCAUUGCCCAGCAAAACUUGGAUGUCAUGGUGCUGAAAAAUAUCUUCGAUACACCCUUUUCAUGGGACAAUGAUGAAGAAGAAUUAGUACGCCGUGUCUCAUUCGAAACACCAGAGACAUAUUGUCCCGUUUACCUUUCUGCACGUGUAAACCAUGACAGAAUUUUAUCGAGAGCCACCGAGUUGUGGCAAAUGGACGAGGGCGAGAUUUCCGAGCCGGCAUCUCUACCAGAGGGCAUGCGCUUCAUCGAUUGCUACAGCGACUCGACAGAAGGAAUCGCCGUCGAGACCUCGCAGGUGCGGUACGCAGCGUUGAGUUAUGUUUGGGGCCGCCCCCCUCAAGAAGACCAAGAGAGCGUCAGCGCGACCAAGAUGCCUCACGCCACCAUUCCAGCUACCAUUCGAGAUGCCAUGACUGUGGUGCGAAAACUUGGCAUACGGUAUCUUUGGGUUGACAAGUACUGCAUCGAAGAAAGCAGUAAACAUGUAAUGAUUAGUCAAAUGGGCAAGAUCUACAAGUCGGCACUGAUCACCAUUGUUGCUGCAGCCGGAGAGAACCCAAAUCACGGCCUUCCCGGGGUGACGUUCAUGUAUCAUCUGAAGUAUCACCAGGCGAAAAAAGAAAUCAAAAUACAAAACGUAUGGACCGAAAUCGCAUCCUCCAAGUGGUCCACUCGUGCAUGGACAUUUCAAGAAGGCGCACUUUCACCAGUCAACCUCUUUUUCACACCGACUCAAUGGGUACUCGAGUCCGAAUCGGCGAUAGCCUCGGACACCCAGGGCAGCACCCAGAUCGGCUCGAAACACUCGGAUCAAGGCGUGCACUACAUUUUCCAAGCCACUAACGAGUAUGCCUCACGAGACCUGACCUAUCCUUGCGACUCUCUGAGCGCGUUCCUGGGCGUACUGGAAAACUGGCAAUCUGCGGAUUACUCUCACCUAUCGGGCGUCCCUCACAAUACCAAGUAUGGUCGGGGCGAUAGUCUCAGUUUUGGCGUAUUCCUGCACGGGAUCCUCUGGGGAUGUCACCAGAUAGAUCUUGUCCGGGUCCCAAACGUCCCAUCUUGGACGUGGGCCGGUUGGCGAGGAUUCACCAAACAAGAUCGCCCGUACGGCCAGUUCGACCUAACCAAUUACUACAAGAUCUUACGCGCAUGGAAACACAAGGACGUGCCAGAUAUUGACAUCAAAAUUUAUCUGAACGACGCGCCAUACAGUUUAUGGGCAUGGGAUGGCGAAGAAUUGAUCGCGAAACUCAACGAAAACAAUGAAAAGGGUAAUCUUGUCGACACGCUUCAUAUUACUGGGUGGAGCGUCGUCGAACUGGCCUAUAGUCAAAUUUCCGAAUUCGAGGUGCGGUGGGAUAGCAUCGCUUUCCUAGACCGGCACAAAGAUCGCCACCUGGUCAUGCUCAUUGUAUUUUGGCCGUCGCCGCCCGGGGAAAACACCUAUCUUAGUUCGGGACCUCAAAUUCUAGUGCUCGGGAAAGCGUCCGAUACCAAGGAUGCCUACCAUCGGUUGGGAAGAUUGCUCUGGGACACAACUGGAGGCUUGAAUCCAGAACAAGUUGCCAUCGAGGGGCAAUACUUUAAAAGGCGCUCAUUUACAUUAAAAUAG